AUGUCCGAGAAGAAGGAAUACAUCAACCCUGCGGGGUUGCGGCUUGAUGGCCGUCGGCCGCAGGAGUCCAGGCGAAUGACUUUGGAGUUUGGCAAGGUGUUGGGAUGCGAUGGCUGCUGUACGGUGAUGAGUGGCUUGGCUACCGUGUGCGCCUCCGUGUACGGCCCCCGCGAGGUCACGAAUAGGUUGGAAAGCAAAUACAAUGAGUGCAUUAUUACAUGUGAAGUUGCCAUUGCCGCCUUUGCCGGGGAAAAGAGACGUGCGCCUCAGAGAAGAUCUAAGUUGUCAGAAGAAAUGAGUGCAGCUGUGCUGGAAGUGGCCCGCUCUGUUGUUUUACUGUCGCAGUACCCAAACUCGCAGAUCCACAUCUGUGUUGAGGUAUUGCGACAAGAUGGGAGCGACAAGGCUGCCUGCAUCAAUGCAGCCUGUUUGGCUCUUGUCGACGCGUGCGUGGCUAUGCGGGACAUCGUGUACGCACAAACGGUGGGUCUGAUCCAUGCCGUGGAUGUGGUUGACCUCACGACGGAGGAGAUGCGCUCCCAGUGCCCAACGAUUUGCAUCGCGGUGAAGGGGCAUGAUCCCUCUAGCAUUGUCUGGAUGGAGUCAAAUUGUCGUGUUACUUCGGAGGUCGUUUCUAGACUUGUAACAGUGGCACAAAAGUCCUCUGAGGGUGUUUUUGCGGCGGCGCUUCGAGGACCACUGGAGGAACACGCAGCGGCCAUUCUUAAACUCCAAGGCAAUCUUGGUAACGGCGAUUAA